CCCCCAGGGCCAGGAGCCUGCUCUGCUCCGGAAGCCAGGGAUCACGAUUCGAGCUCCGAGGCCUUCAUCUCCCGGCAUGGAGGAGGCAGCCAGGGCCGGCAAGGGAGAGAUGGAGCCGGAGUCCCUGUACAACCUGCUGCAGCUCCCGAAGGCGGAGGGCAUGCCAGCGGAGGUGGAGCUCCCACAAGGAGAAAGGAAGAAGUACCUGCCGCCCACUUCGCGGGGGGACCCCAAAUUCAAAGAACUGCAGAAGGUGCUGGUGGAGUGGAUCAAUGCCAAGCUCCUCCCGGAGCACAUUGUGGUCCGCAGCCUGGAGGAGGACAUAUUCGAUGGCCUCAUCUUACACCAUCUUUUCCAGAUGCUGACCGGGCUCCGGCUGGAGGUGGAGGAGAUGGCUCUGACGGCCCCCAACCAGAGACGCAAGCUGGAGACCGUCCUGGAGGCUGUCAACCGCAGUCUGCAGGUGGAGGGUCAGCCGCUCCCGUGGAGCAUGGAAGCCAUCUUCAGCAAGGACCUGCUGGCCACCUUGCAUCUCCUCGUGGCCCUGGCCAAGCGCUUCCAGCCCGACCUGCCCCUCCCGCCCAACGUCCAGGUGGAGGUGAUCACCAUGGAGCGCACCAAAAGUGGUCUGAAGUCAGAGAAGUCGGUGGAGCAGCUCACUGAGAGCGGCACAGACAAGGACCAGCCAGCCAAGGACGUCUUUGAUGAAUUAUUUAAACUGGCUCCGGAGAAAGUGAACGCCGUAAAAGAGGCCAUUGUAAGCUUUGUGAACCAGAACCUGGGUCGCCUGGGCCUCUCUGUGCAGAAUCUGGACACCCAGUUUGCGGAUGGGGUCCUCUUACUCUUGCUGAUCGGACAGCUGGAAGGCUUCUUCCUGCACCUGAAGGAAUUCUACCUCACGCCCACCUCUCCUGCGGAAAUGCUGCACAAUGUCACCCUGGCCCUGGAGCUGCUCAAGGACGAAGGCCUGCUCAGCUACCCCCUCAACCCCGAAGGUGAGCGUGCGGCCCUCGGUGGCGGAGCCCAUGGCAUUGGGGAUGGCACGUGGCCGCGUGGGCCCCCUGCUUGGCCCAGCAGAUACCGCGUGUCCGCUGGGGCUUCCCAGGAAGGGGUGCUGUGCCCACAGCCUCCACCAGCCCCGGUGCGGGAAGAGUCACAGGGAGCAGAGACAGGGAACCCUGGGGCAGGCUGUCCCGACAGCCCCGGGAUUAGCACUGAAGUCCUGUGUCCCAGGAAGCCACCCGGUCCUGGGCACAGCGGGAGGCUGGCCGCCUCCUCCCCAGCCCUGCCUGGGCCUGACCGGCGGUCCUGCGGCCCCCUGCCCCGCAGACAUCGUGAACAAGGACACCAAGAGCACGCUCCGGGUCCUCCACGGCCUGUACCGCAAGCACAAGCCGAAAGACCGCGCCAAUGGCACGCCCCACGGACCCCCGGACUAACGGCCUCGGCGCCCCCGGAGCCGCCUCCCCGCUCCGAGCCAGCGGGAGGCCCAAGGGCCGCAGAGGGACCCCCGCCGCCGUUCCGCCGCUGCCCCCUGUCUUCCUGUGCGUCUGGCAUCCUGCGCCCUCCCCCACCCGUUUCCACCCAAGCAUCUCUGAUUCACUAGGCCUGGGUCUGUUUUGAGCCAACCUCUGGCCUCACUCCGCUGAUAUUGGCAAAUAGAUUUCUGGGACGGACGUGGGGAGCCUGCUGUGUCCUGGGAAAGAUCCUUAAAUAUCAUAAGUACAAGCUGACCCCUUUCCACGGG